ACCAGGCAAAACCAGUCACACAGGACGUCAUAUGAUGGCGCCGCGGAUGGCAGCCACGACUGUUUGUCGGAGAUUCUAGCCGGAGCGGCGGUGCUGUACAAGCUAGCGCGACGACGGCGGCGCGGAAAGCGAGCCGGAGCACUCGUAAGGCUGAGGCAGAAAGGGUUUCGUUCUGCCCUACCGUCAAUUCAUCUGGCGAAUGUCCGCUCCCUGGCGAACAAGAUGGAUGAACUGCUGCUCCUCACUUCAAGGAACACGGACUUCAGCAGAUCCGCCGCGCUGUGCUUUGUGGAAACGUGGCUUAGCGAACGAAUCCCCCACCACGCCGUGGAGCUAGCCGGGUUCAGGCUAAUGCGAGCAGAUCGCAGCACAGAGCUCUCCGGAAAAUCAAAGGGAGGUGGUCUCUGUUUCUACAUUAAUGAACGUUGGUGUACUGAUGUCACGGUGUUGAAAGAGUUUUGCAGCCCUCUCCUAGAAACACUUUUCAUAAACUGCCGGCCGUUCUAUUCACCACGGGAGUUGUCCUCUAUCGUCAUGGCGGCUGUUUACAUCCCACCACACGCACGUGCGAGUGAAGCCACGCAGAUGCUAGCUGACCAGGGCGAACCUCGCACACGAACUCCCCAGAUACAGACAGCACGUAACGUGUCCCACCAGGGGGGCACUGACUCUGGACCACUGCUACACCGUGAUCAAGGAUGCAUACCACUCUGCGGCUCGUGCAGCUUUAGGACUCUCGGACCACUGUCUAGUUCAGGGGUGGGCAAACUACGGCCCGCGGGCCACAUCCGGCCCACGGGACCGUUUAAUCCGGCCCGCCAACCCUGAACAAAUUGUAUUAUUAAACUUUUUUUUUUUGGUCA